AUGCUAUCCGAUUCUCUGUCAAUAGAAACUACCUCUAUCUCUGCCCAUUCCUCUCUUCACACAAAUUUCGACAUUACCAAUGCAAUCAAACUGGCACCGCCUUUCUUCCUUUGUCUCCUUCUUCUCAUUUCACACUCUGUUUGCUUCCUCUUCUUACAUUGCUUCUUUUUCAUCCUUUAUUCCUGCUUUAUUUAUAUGUUCCUCGUUCUUCACAUGAGUCUUACUCCUCGUCUUUUUAUUCAACUAUUUCAUCCUUAUCUUUUUUCAGAUAAUUUUUUUCUGUCACCUGGCCACCUUAAUGUUACUAUGAACGUCGUCGGGUCUAGUUUAAUUUCUUCUUCUUCUUCUUUUUCUUCUUCUUCUUCUUCUUCUUCUUCUUCUUCUUCUUCUUCUUCUUCUUCUUCUUCUUCUUCAUUAUCUUUUUGUUUUCUUUUUCUUCCUUCUUUUUCCUUUUCUUCUUUUUCCUCACAUUUCUUUCUUUUUCUUCUCUUUUUUCCCUCUUCAUCUUCUUCUUCAUCUUUUUGUCUUCUUUUUUCCUCUUUUUCUCCUUCUUCUUCUUCUUCAUUGACAUUCUUGCAUAUUUUUCUUUUUUCUUAUUCUUAUUUUUUCGAGUUAUUUUCCUUUCCCUUAUCAUCUUUUUUCCACUUCCUUCUUUUAUUUCGCCAUUAUCUAUUCUCCUCUUUUUCUUGUUCAGUUUCUCUUUACAGUUUAUAUUUCUUUCUUUAUUUCCUUUUCUAUUCUCUUCCUUUGCAACAUCCUUUCCUCCAUCUCAUCUUAUUUCUUUUAGAUUCUGCUUUUUUUAAUCUUUCUUUUUCUUUCUUUAUAUCCGCUUCAUCUGACAAUUUCCAAACCUCUUUCUUUGUUUCUUUCGAUAUUUCAAAAUCUCUUCUCCAAAUAAGUCUUUUGACUUUACUUUUCGCGCCAAACGCUAUAAGCGUUAACAUCAUUGCUUUCGCUUUUUAUUUUCUUAUCAUCUUUUCCUUCCAAAGUGGUCCUACUGUGAAGCUGAUUAGAUAUCAGCCAUGA